CCACGGAGGUGCAAGCAUAUUUUUUUUCCUCUUUUGAAAAAGAUUAUAACGAUAAAAGUCUAAAAUCUAUAAAAGUGUCAUCAUAAUGGAUACGCAUUAUUUACAGGAAUGCUUUGUUUGUAAAGACACAAACAAAGUAAAAAGAUGUUCUGGAUGCAAUAUGAUUACUUACUGUAAAAAGGAACAUCAAAUACAACAUCGUCCGAAACAUAAAAAAUUUUGUAAGGUAAUAUCUGAAAUGUUAAAAUCACAAAAUAAGUCGCAUAUUUAUGAAAAUAUCGAUUCAUCAAUUUGGUUUGAAGAAAAAAACCGUAUCAUUGGUGAAGUGGAGUCAAAAUUUAUUAAGGAAUCAUCUCCAACUCAAGAAGAAUAUUUUCUUCUCGAUUCACCACGAGUGUGCUACAUUUGUUGUGAAGCUAAUCAAGAUAAAUUGAAAACAUGUCCUAAAUGUUUAAUAACGAGUUUUUGUAAUAUUCAUCCAAGCAGUCACAUUCAUGAGAGAUAUUGUCGAAAAAAUAGUGUUGUUAUAAAUAAAGAAGCAAAAUUUAUAAUGAACCCGAAUUUACCGUCACUUGUAUCAUUAGUUGUUGCAGGAAUAAAAAUAGUAAAAUCUGACGAUUAUCUUCUCACAUCUAUGGAUGAAUUCUUUGAAUUAUAUACACAACAGCAAAAUAUUUCCGAGAUGCAGAAAAUUCUCCUGUCUGAAGUGUUUAGCAUUUCGUUAACAAUUUUCAGUGCGUUGAAAACAGUAUUUAAUAAUAUACCAUCAAAAUUAAUUAUUCAUUUAAAAUCAAUAAAUUGCGGCUGGACAAUAAUGGUCCUGAAUUUAUGGGAAUCUUUAUUACACUUAUUGCCCGAAAUAAAAUAUUUGAAAAUUGUCUACGUCGAAUCGUAUAAACUUUCGAAUAAUUAUACAUCGGUGCUUAAUCUCUGUAUGGACUGUAAGCUUAAGAGGAAAAUUAUCAUAGUUGAGAUGAAUCCAGUUUCUUACAACGAACCCUCUUUAAUUGCUAUCUUAAAUUCUACAGCUUCAUGUGAAAUUGAUUUUUUUCGUAAAAUUGGUUACUUCAAAGAGGAAAAGACAAAAUUACAAAAAUUAACUUGUCCUCUUGUAUUAACGUCUUCAAUUUUAACUUGUCAUAAUUUUUCAAAAGUUGAUUUACUGAAUUUAUUUAGUAAUUGUCGAACAAUUUACAGUGGAUACAAUGAUUUUUCAUCUCAUUUCGAAACGAUGGAAGUUAAAUUUUUACGACAUUCUCAAUUUAUGACUAUUGUUCAACCAGAUGAGAAUGUUGAGCAAAAAUUCACAAUUGUCAAUAAUGAGACAUCGUAUUAUCCUCAAAUUUGUAAUUUUUGCCAUAAAACGGAAGGAAAAAUAAUUUGCAAACGUUGUAAAAUUGUUUCCUAUUGUGAUAAAAAACAUUUGAAUCAAGAUCAAAUUCAUCAUAAAGAUUUAUGCGAAGUAAUUUUCCGUUUACAACAGGAAAUGAAAGAAAAAUAUCUUUUUUAUGAGGAAAAAACUUUAAAUCAAGAUGAGUGGCUAAGCAUGAGAAUUGAAAAAUUGAAAAAUGUACAAAUGAGAAUUGGAAGAAAAUUAACAAAAAACGAGGAGGAAAUGUUUCUUUUUCCAAAGAGUUGUGGAGUUUGCCACGAUAGUGAUUCGAAUUUGCUAAAGAGUUGCGAAUGUGGGGUAUUCCUUUGCAAAACUCACAAAAACGAUCCAACACACAAAAAGAUUUGCAAGGAAUUGUCAAUUGAUUUUAAAAUGUCUUCAAAUGCACCAAUUAUAAACGUAAAUUUUUCUCUAUUAGAACAAACAGCGGAUGAAAUUUCUAAAAUGAAAAAUUCUGACUCAACAAAAGCUUUCAUUGAAAUAGUUUUUUCAUUAUUGAAUGAACUGUCUGAUAAACUUUUCAAUGGAAAAUUACCAGUUUCAAUGGAAAUGUUGACUCCACCAUUAAUCAAUAAAAUUUCAGUAAAAGAAGAUAAUUUUUCGAAAAUAUUAUUCGUAAACAAUUUUUUGUCAGCUCCGUUGACUUUAUUUUAUACAAUGGAAAAAAUAAAUAAAAAAAUCAACUCUUCAAUGAUAAUUCACAUAAUUGGAGCAAAUAAAGAAAAUUUUGAGGAGAAAUUUCUCUGGGCAUUUCUUUUUUAUCAUGUCAAUCAAUUGGAGAAUUUAAAAAUAAUAUUUAUCGGUUCAGAGUUUCGCGAUUUUCCCAUAAUUGAUGUAUUCAACUAUUCUGACAUGAAAAUAAAUUUGAAAAUUGAAGUUUACGCUUUAAAUUACGAUGAAUAUUUCUCGAGUAAAAAAUUUGUUAAACCAGAUGUUAUUUUUGGAUGUGGUCUCAAUAUUCAUGAAAAAAAAUUAUCGACACCCGAAAGAAUUUGGAAAAAUACAAUUUUGACAUUGGAAAAAAUGGAAGUUCCCUUUAUUCUCACAGCUGGAACUAAAGAACGUGCCGAGAAUGAUCACAAGACAAUUUGCGAUCUUCUUGCAAAAUCCGUGAAUUUUGAAUUUUUCGAAGAAAAUCCAUUUGCGUCAUUGUGCCUCAAAAGAGAUUUUGAAACAACAGGAAUAAUGUAUUCAAAUAAAUAUAUAAUUGCUUAUAACUGGAAAUUGCAAAAUUCGUCAAAUUCAACGGAAACCUGAAGUAACCAAAAAAGCGAUUUCAAUGACAAAGGAAGUUAUUGAAAAUAAAUACUAUUUUUGGGAAUUCAAGUAUCGAAAUUAAAAAGGAAAUAUUCUCGAAAAAGCUGAAGAAAUAAUUCCAGAGGGGAAAAAAUUUAUUCAAAAUUCGUCAAAUUCAACGGAAAAUAAAGAAGAAAUGUUGGAUAGAAUUUUUAUGAAUAUAUUCUUGGAUUUGAUGGAACUAAAAAAUAAAAUAAAUUCUGAAUAUUUAAAGAGCAAAAAGGAAAAAGAUAAAUUUAUGAAAAAAAUGAAUGAACACAAAGACUCGAAAUUAAACAAAGAUUUAGAAUAUCAAAAAAAUUAUUCAAAAACUGGGGAAAUUAUUUCAGAGAAAAAAAAAAUAAUGAAGAAACUGAAGAUAAACGAGAAAAUAUACAAGUUACAUGUGAGGAUUCAAUGCACGAAAAAAAAUUUGGAAUAUCAUUAGAAUCAUUGUUAGUUCAACAGAAUUCAUGUCUUCAAGCCGAAAUUGAAAAAUUAAAACAGGAAUUGUAUUUAGCAAAUACUUCAAAUAUCAAACUGAAUAAUCAAAUUUCAGUUUUACAAACAAUUUAUCCUAAUUUAAUUGAUAAAAGUAUUUUGAUAAAAGAAGCAAUCGAGAGUAUUGAAAAAAGUAUUAA